GCUUCCCCUUAUUUCUUCCCUCAUUUCUUCCCUUCCUAGAGGAACAGUUCGAAAGGUACACAAGUGAGAAGCAUGUGAUACCCCCCUAGAGAGGAUAUUUAUUAUCUCCCCCAGUUUUGCGUGUAUACUUCUGCAUCACAUUGCUUAUUUUUUUUAAUUUUUUUUUUUUUUUUUUAAGAACGCCAUGUACAUCCAAGAUUGUCACCUAAUGGUACAGCUCGCCGCACCUUGUGAAUGAAUUCCUUUUUGAUACCUUCCAAGGAAGCAGUGUGAAAGAGGGAUUGCCUCGCCCACUUCGAGGGACUUACCACCCGGAGCACGCGCUUGUGGAGGUACCCCUGCUGGAAUACAUAUCGUAUCCACGUAUGCCGCUUAAGGGUGGGCUUUGUCAGGCACUCACCGCUUAUUCGAGGCAACCCUCUAAAGUGGCCCACAUACACAACGCGUAUUGAAGCCACCAGAAAGAGAGUCCCCAUUGUUGAGAAACGAACCGGGAGCAGCCCCCUUCACAAAGGCGACUCGCAGAAGUGCCAGCAGAAAAUUGGCAAACUGCUUUACUUCUAAAGAGUCACCUCCCCCCCCUGAGGAACAAAAUGAAACGCCCACUUGGCUCAGCGCGGGUACCCCUCCUGCUGCCGCUCGUGCUGCUCCUCCCGCUACUUCUAUACAAGACGUGCAACGCGGUGUCCCUCCUAGAGUCCAUAAAGCACGACUUACAGAUCGUGAAUAAUCACAACUUCAACACAGUGGUUAACAAAUUUAGAAGCGAAAAGGUAUUCUCCGUUUUGUUCUUUCAAAAAUCAAACAAGAAUAUAAAAGACGUAAUAAAAAACUACAACGAUGUUGCAGCCAAGUUUAAGGGAAUCUUCACCUUGUGUAUAGCUGACUGUGAUGAGAAUCCAACCCUCUGCGAAAGUGAGCUCUCUCUCUACGUCCCAGAUUAUAAAAAUACCAAUACGCACCACCUGUUGUUAUACCCCAUAAACCCAAUGCCCAAAUUUCUCUUCUCUGAAGAAAUGAAUGAAGCGAAUUUAAAAAAAUACACCUACCUGAUUCCCUCCAAAAUUGACAUCAUUAAAGAAGCAAAAGAUUUUUCUGUUUUCCUUUCUAAGCAUGAGAACAUGCCCAAGGUCCUCGUCUUCAGCAACAAGAAGAAACCCAACUACGUGUUGAACGCUCUAAGUAACAGCUUUAAUAAAAAGCUAAUGUUCUGCUACAUUAACAACGAACUGAAUGACCUUGUGCAGAAAUACAACGUGAAGAGCUUCCCCACUAUACUCAUUUUGAAGAAGGGCAAGUUGGUAGAUACUUAUAAGGGUAAGCCCAAUUUUAUUAGCAUGUUUGAUUGGCUGAAUGUUCACUCGGAGACCUUUGUCCUCGGGGGAGGCUUCGACAUCUCGCCAGAUAAAACAGUUGAUAAGCCCUGGAAAUUCGAGCUCGUCCCAAAGUUCACCAAAAUGUCACACGGAGACAUCUGCUUUAAGAAAGCGGACAAAGGGCUGUGCCUCAUUUAUUUGAAGGAGGGGGAUAAGCUGGAAAAAACCGAAAUCGACAUGCUCCUCUCGCUCAAGGAGAAGUUCAAGCCGCACAUCGAUGGGAGAGGAAUAAACUUCCGGUACAUGUGGAUCGACAUCGCCACGGAGACCAACUUCCGCGCCCUGUUCGAAGUGAAGAACUACCCCUCUGUCGUCGUCUUCAACCCGUACAAGCGAAUUCGCUACGCUAAGCUGAACGAAGAUUUGGUAGCCACGAAGGAAAAUGUGGAAAAGCUUCUGGAAAAAAUAUCCGGCGGAGAUGCUAAAUUUACCAUGCUCAAGGGGCAAACUCUGCCUGAGUUCGUUCAGGACGAUUCGGACCCCAAGGCGAACGUGAAAGACGAGUUAUAA